AUGGACGACACGGAGGGUCGCAAGCGGGCCAAAUUAGAUGAGGUCCUCCUGAAUUAUCCGAAUUGGAUGUCCUCAUCCAUCCGCAAUUUCGUUGCUGACGCUACCCUGCACACCGACGGCGGCGUCGAUGGAAUUUCCCGCGUGCGAUUGUGGCUAGCCAGGCAACGGUCUCUUGUCCUGCUGCACAACAAGUCGUGGCUAAAGUGCAUUGUCGACAUGGCGAAACAAGAAGAUGCGUCGAUGAGUCAAAGGUCACUAGACGAGGCGUUCAACGACCCAUCACAGCCACGAACUACCGGAAUCCGAAGUGGACCAUCGUUUAUCAAUACCGGAAUAGGAGGUGAAGAGUGUCGGAGAACAUCACUCUUUUGGGACGUUUCCUUUCUGCUGGACACGCGAGACCGCUACAUGGAUCCGAAGACGAAGCAGUUGCAGAUGUCUCUAGAGGAGAAGCAUCAAGGGUUUGAAGUCCAUUCAGCGUUCGUCACAGGGUGCUUGGAGGAGCUUUCUUACCGGACAGUAAUGCGGCACUGCAAUUUGCUUACUGACAACACAGCUGGCUUAGACUACGUCUUGACCGACAUGGCGGUGCAGCGGCACUACGCGCUCUUCAGCGGGCAGCGGUAUUUGUGGAUCGCAACCACAACCUACUACAGUGGUGAAUCCUCUAGAGCGAAUGACCGAGCGGAGCUGCAACAACGAUCGCAACUAGUCGCUCUGCAACAAGGGUUCGUAGAGGGUGGAGACAAGAAAGGUUCAUCAACGUCGUCGUCAACAGCACAACCAGGUGAAGUAGAGUUUUCCAAAGUAGAGCUAAAACCUACAUCUCCAGAACUCAAGAAGACUAGUAGUAGUAGCUCAAGCAAGAAGGAUCGACCGCCAGAACAAGAGGAUGUGAAGCUUGUGACGGCGUACUGUCUCGACAUCGACGGCCGCGUUUGCCUGGUUGCAAAAUUGCGUUUUGACCGGCAUGAAAACGUCACGGAGACAGCAGCAAGAUCCGCAAGGGCGAGAAGAGCAGGUGUAAUUUCGAAACUCUAGAGAGGAAGAGCAUUUUGACAUUGAUUUUUGUUCAUUUGAAUUUACUACACUUGAGUACUUAGAAGCACCUCUUUUCCCUCACAUGUUCGAGGACUGUUUUCUCCACUUCAACAAAGCUUAUUGAUGCUUGGAACCACACUGUUCUCUUCAUGUUCUUUUCUUUGUUUGCUUGGUAACAUUUCAGGCUCUCUGUGUUUCUCGGUUUAGAGAAAUUCCUGUCUUUGGUCUUCCUCGGUUCAUCAACAUUAAUACAUACUUGAAUUGUCAUAGUAUGAUACUUUACUUCAUUCAUUAUUUUCGCGUUGCCCACUUCGAUUUCUCGUAACAAGAAUUCGGUGCUCGCUUGUAUCUUAUCGCAUUUAUAAUACAACUCGGCAAGUAGUCAACACUCGCCUCGGUUGUGAAGGAUCUCCAGCUAAGCUGCGCUUGAUUCGUAGUUCGUGAAGGAGAGAAUCCAAAUCGUUCAGUGGAGGUUUUUCGGUUCUCUACCGUCCUAAUAAAUCUAUCGUCUGUCUUACGUACUCUGCUUGAUCUAUCCUCAAUCGAUCAUCUGUCUUGAACUUGAACUGCACGCAUUGGCACAUCACAGCACUCAAUUGCACUCUGAGUCUAUUGGUACGCUCCAGCAUUCACCGUUAUUCUGGCCUGGCAUUCUGAUAUGAGCGGGACCGACUCCUGAUUCUUGAUUCUGGCAUAUCUGCUAUGUGAGUAAUAUCUUCAUGUACGACAACUAUGAGAAUGAAAAUAGAAACAAGACGAUGAAAGAAAAAGUAGAGGAGCUCGCGCGAGAUAUUGGUGUUGAUCGUGUAAAGAAAAUAUUGAGCAUAUGGACUGCAAUUUCUAAAGGAAAGUCGUGGUAGACUAGGAGGAAUCGUGAUAUGCUUGUAACCAUGCAGAUGCUAAUCGGAAAUAGGGAUAUACUUAUCAAUCUUCCCAGCAAAUGUCGACAAAAACUACCAGGUGACAAAGCAAUGACUGAUCGGUCUUGUGCUGCUGCUUUUUCAUCCUAAGUAGAAUAUCUAUGUCAACGUGCACUACAGUUGUGUCGCAUCAAGUCACUUCCAAUCGGUUUCAAUAGUAACGUAGGAAGCAAAAGCAUCUAGGGACUUUAUAAU